AUAGAAACGAGAAGAGCUCAGACGGACCAGAUGUCUUCUAUCUGUUCUCAUACUUUACUAACUAUUGUCCAAAAUGUUUCAUGUGUGAAUGAAUCACAUGAAUCGUGUCUUUCACAGAAGUCUUCAUGUGAGUUCAACUGUGUUAUCUAGAUGGGGUCAAAGGUCAACAUGGAGGUUAACAGCUGUUUGUGUUCACGACAGGAAGAGAACAUGAUGACACUCAGAGGAAGUCUGCAGAGACUGAGUGCUUCCAGUCUGAUCCCAGCUCCUCCAGUCAGUCAGUGGCACAACCACGCCUCAGUGUGGUUCCAGUCACAGGACAGCGGCGCCACGCCCAACUCCUCCCCGAGUCCCACCAGGAGGUUCAGACCAGCAGUCAGUGCCACUGUGAGAUGGCCCGCUUUAACUCCACUCAAGAGGAAAGGAGGGGUGGAGUCUGACGGACCCCCAAAGAAGCUUUUUGUUGCCGGGGUAACAGAUCCCGCCCACCGCAGCAGCUACACUGUCAGUGUCUCCCAGUCGGCGGCGGACUCCCCUCCUGCAGGAGGCCUCAGCCCUCAGUCCAGCCCUCUGUCUCUGUCUCCUCCCCCGUCCUUCACCUCCCACCAGCACCCCGGACACUAGAACCCUCCUCACCCAGAGUCCCGACCCUGACACUGUGGGUGCAGACCGACCGACCACCAGCAGCUUGAAAGGAACAUCGAGC